UGAUCUUCUUCAGCUUAAUGCUGCUAGUAAGUUCAAGUACUUGUCAUGACUCAAAGGAGCCUACCUUCCCUGCAAUUCUAGUCUUUGGUGAUUCGACUGUUGAUCCCGGCAAUAACAACUUCAUCCUGACAACAUUCAGGAGCAACCACUAUCCAUAUGGUCGAGACUUUCCCAGCGGUACUUCCACGGGACGGUUCUCAAAUGGAAAGUUGGUUCCAGACAUGUUAGCAUCGUUGUUUGGUAUCAAAGAGUUUAUUCCACCUUAUUUAGAUCCUAGUUUGUCUGACGAUGAUUUACGUACUGGAGUCAGUUUUGCGUCUGCUGGAUCAGGUUUCGACGAAUUAACAACUGCAUUGUCAGGGGUUAUUCCAGUUGCGGUGCAAGUGACAUAUUUUAAGGAGUAUAUACAGAGACUCAAAAUGGCGGUAGGAGAAGAAGAGGCCAACAAAAUAAUCAGUGGUGCAUUUGUUAUGAUUUCUGCAGGAUCUAAUGACAUUAUUUUCAACUUUUACGAUACACCGGCUAGACGGAUUGAAUUUAACAUCUCUGGGUAUCAUGAUUUUCUCAUAGAGAAGCAAAGAAGUUUAGUUAAGCAACUCUACGAUCUUGGAUGUCGUACAUUUGCAUUAUUUGGCUUGGCUCCACUGGGAUGUGUACCAAUCCAAAUAACUGCAAAAGGUUCCCAUGAUAGAAAAUGCCUCGAAAAUGAGAAUGCAGAAACUCAAUUGUACAAUGCAAAACUCAAGAACUUGACCCGAAAACUACCAGAAAUGCUUCCUGGUAGCCACAUUUCAUUCCUAAAUACUUACGAUGCAGUGUUAGAUAUGGUCAAGAAUCCACAAAAAUACGGUUUUGUAGAAACAAAUAGAGGAUGUUGUGGAACUGGUUUUCUGGAAAUGGGACCUUUCUGUAAUGCUUUUACUCCGGUUUGUUCAAACCCUUCCGAGUAUUUGUUCUGGGACGGCAUUCAUCCAUCGGAAGCAACUUAUAGAUUGGCUGCCAACACUAUUCACGAACAGCUAACCACACCCAAAUAAAGAAGCACUAGAGGGUGCUUGUACUGCUGUCAGUAACGUUCUCACUGAUUGCUUACUCAAGUUAAAAGAGCUUACAAGUGAAGGAUCAUCAAUCAACAACAUUUACAUAACUUUAGCAACGUUGUCUUUAAAAUUCUGUCGCUUAACAUAGUCA